AUGGCGAGUGCGUGCGCCGACUGGAAGCACCCCACGACAAGGCCGCAGCCACCGACACCCGCUGUAGUUGCCCCGGGACCCAAUGACGAGCCAUCUGUAGUCCCCAACUACGAUGAUGGUGCAUCAUCAUCAUCUGACUCCGUCGACAGCGAUGUCGGCAUCAAGUGCAGCGACUGCAAGCGCACCUUCCGCUCCCUGGGCCACUACAACAACCACAUGCUAGGUUGCACUCCUGUAUCGACGACCCCACAAGUCCGCGAGGUACUCCCAGCUACCGCAUUGGGUAGCUCUUCAGUCACCAUAAACCAGAUAAGGGCUGCAAACGCACCUGUACUGGCACCCAGAGCACCGAUUUCGUCUAAUGUAUCCUCCACGCAUACCAGCAAUGCGGCUGCUUUUGUGUGCAAUAACCGCGGUUGUGAUCGCUCCUUCAGGUCCGAAGCCGGCCUAAAACAGCACAAGCAGGACGCCCACGGUAUUGGAGGGCAGCCACUGAACUUGGCUGGCGGCGACUCAUGGAUGCUCAGCAACCGCGAGCGAGAACGGAUGCGCCAAGAAGGUCUGCUUCAACAACCUACUUCCUCUCGGGGUCGCGGCGGCCAAGGAGGUCGUCCAGCCCCUCGUGGAGCACCUUCCCGUCCUCGGGGGGCUCCCUCUUCAACAAGACCAUCUGCACAACAACAGCAAUCUGCCUUCGCCCGUCCAAUGCCACAGCAAACUCGCUUAGCAGUUCAAAUGCCUCCUGCUCCCAUCAGCACGAACAUGGGCGGCGUUGCGGAGCUUGAGCAGGCCAAGUCCAUCCAGGCAAAGACCCAACGGUUGCUCAUCCAAUCAGACGUCUUCAUCCUACAUGAUGGAAAGGUCAACGCUUGCGAUAUUAUGUGGACUCGGAUCGGUGUCGCCAAACAGUACGAUGUGGUUACGAUGCUGGACGGCAUGUGCCAUCUCCCAAAAAUGCUGCAAGGCGAAUACAUACCUCCUCCAAAGGCAUUGAAAGAAGAAUACAAGGCCACGUAUUUGUCAAGCGACUUCAAAGCCUCCCCCGAAUGCAACAUGGUCAAACCAGGUCUUGGCGCAGUCGCGAUCUCAUGCAGCAAAAUCCUGCUAGCAAACGGCUGCCCCGAGGUCGUCAAGAUAGCAGCUGUUGAUCUGAUCACCUGCCGAAUCCUUAUGAACCACCUUGUCUGUACUGAUCCGCACGCGAAAGUCAAAGAUUGGUACUCCCCGGUCACCGGAUUGUUUAGUUGGGGCGACAUGGAGGGAGCUCGAAAAGCCGGGUACAAGAUCUUCAAGGGCUGGGCGGCAGCACGGGACGCGCUACACAGGUUCGUCGACAAGGAGACCAUCAUCGUUGGCUGCAACCUGCGUUCGGAUCUAGACGCUCUCCGUAUGAUCCAUGGACGCGCCGUGGAUAUCGCCAAGGUCGUUGAGAAGGCUGCUCAGGGUCCGCUCAGCAAAGCGCAGCUAGCACUGGAUGGCUUGUGCCGCGACUUUCCCGCCAUCACUCUCAAGAGCGACCCCGAGUAUGGCCGGGACAUUCUGAUCAACGCUUUUGCGGUGCGUGAGUUCGGCUUGUGGGCGCUUAAGAACGCCGAUAAGCUCGGCUCGUUGGCGAAAAAGAGGAGUCGAGAGUACCAGAACGCCAUGCCAAAUGUUGCCGUUGCAGUAGCUUGA